GACGCGCCGGGGCGCACCGAGCCGCUGCCUACCCCCGCUGCCUGCCCCGCCGCCCACGGGACGCGGCUCUUCGUCCUCACGCCGGGAUAGACUGUCCCUUAUUUUUUAUCUUUUAUUAAUUUUACUCCUUUUUCACCCCUUCUUUUUUUUACCUUUCUUUUAUAUUUUUUUUUCCUUUACUUCUUUUUUUUUUUCGUCCGCUGCCUGCUAUGGAUUAUUCCCAGAUGAUCGUCUCGCUGCUCUUCGUGCUCUGCCCGGGGCUGCUGCCGGCAGCCCUCGGAGCCGAAGCGGGCGCCCCGUCGCCCCCCGCCGCCGCGCAUCGACGCCCCCGGCGCUGCUCCUGCUCCUCGCUGCUGGACGAGGAGUGCGUCUACUUCUGCCACCUCGACAUCAUCUGGAUCAACACCCCCGAGAAGACUGUUCCAUAUGGUCUCGGAGGCCCUUCUCGAUCCAGGAGAUCCCUGAAGGAUAUGGUGCAGGAGAUGAUCACUGAACCAAGCAGCAGAUGCCGAUGUGCCAACCAGAAGGACAAGAAAUGUCUGAACUUCUGCCAGACAGGAAAAGAUCUCUGGGCUCAGUCCACAGUGGAGAAAACCUCACGUCACCUCAACAAAGCUGGCAGCUGCACUGGACUCAAAUGUAUGAACCGACAGCUUGUCGACAGCAGGAAAAUGAAGCGGCUGGAAGCCAUUGGCAACAGUAUCAAAGCUUCCUUCAGUAUUGCAAAGCUGAAGGCUGAGCUCCAGAAAGGGCGGAAGCUGAAACAUAACAGGGCAAACAAAAGUCAAAGCGUCUGGGAAAGCCUGAAAGCAUCCUAGUGAGAAGAUCACCUGAGUUUUUCUCCGCCACACUUACUGACUGAGUGUCACCAAAACUCUCUCUUGACUUCUAACAUUCCACGAUGGCAAAGGGCCUCCCUGUCUACGUGUUUGCGCAGCAGAGCGACACAUUAAGGAAGUCCCAUAUUUGGAGGUAUAAAAGCAAAGGAUUUAAUAAUUUCAUAAUCCAGAUGGAUGGGUAGAGGGUGUGAAGAGGAAUCUGCUGCAACGUGCAUGAAAAGCCAUCUUUCUGAAGACCUGUUUGAACACUGCUUCUGGAAUGUCACCCAUCAGUCGGGCCGCUUUCAGGGCCUACAUCAAAAGCAUCUUGCAAAGAAGACCUCACAGAUGUGCUUAGAAAGGACAGAAAGCAAAAUCUGAGUGGACAAACUGCAAAGCAAAAAACUCUACCUUUUGAUUAAAAUGCAAAAAUGAAAGCCACAGUGCUACUUUAAUCAGGACUUACUGCAUAUAUACGUCUACCUCGCGUACUGUUUGUUGCACUCCUGCUAGAGUAUUUUUACACCUUGUUAUUGCCUUUACUAAUCAGCUGCAACCCUUUGCCUUUUCUCCAGAAGUCUAGUUUACUUGUACAACCAGAGUUAUCUGUAUGUGGGUUAGACACUGUGGUUGUUUGCAUAGUCCAAGUUCUUUGGUUUUGGAUAUCAAAGGACUCUCCAACAUAAAAUAAAAGUAAGACACUACUAGGUUGCCCAUAACAACACUAUUUGGCUAACUGAAGUUCUAAAAAUAGAGGUUGUUGUGUCUUACGUGCCACCAUGUAAGACACAUGUAAAAAUGCACUGAAGCGAGGAUGUGUCAGUGGCUGUUGUGAGAUUUAUUCAGUGCCUUAUUUUGUGGAAAUGCAUUGAGACAAAGGGUUGUUUUGACUUAUGUCAAAAGGCUAAUAUUGGGUGAAUGUUUAUAGCAGUUAAUUUGUUCACAUUGUUGAAUUUGCUGAAAGGUUGAAUCUUAUGUGCUUAUUUUUUGUGUUUUGUAUUUAUAUUCACACAAGUUCUUCAUUAUAUUUACCAUGUUGAAUACACAUUGAAGUAGGCCAUAUUGGUCUAUGCAUGUUUUACAAAUUUCUGUAUGAAAUUGGGAAAUGCUUUAUGCCUAUCAAGGUAAAUAUCUUCAGAAAUAAAUAUUUUUCAUUACUGUA